AUGACACUGGACGUAAAGAAUUUCCAUUCCACUGUUCAUAUCAGGCAGGUGAACAUGUCCAUGAUGGAGUAUGCUAGAUCCUUUGAACUUACCAUGAAAGAAUCAGUUAAGAGGGUGACACAAUGGGCCGCGUUUUAUCAUGAAAGUAGGAAGUCAUGGUACCCAAAACCAAAGGAGACAAUGCCAUUCUCUAAAGUCCCUUUGAUAAAGCCACUUCCUAUCGUUGAUAUGUUUAAAGCAAAUUGCGAUAUUAUGCGGAAUUGGGCGUCGGCGUAUGGAGCAGCAGUGCGACAGCGGACAGUGCGCCAAGAGACGACCAUGGCAAAGCAUGGGAUUCUCCCUGAGUUUAUAUGCCAAUCGUAG